AACAAGCUCAAUAUAAUGCUAAUUAGUGUUUUUAAUUACCACGUGAUCUUCCCAGGAAAUGUGACGUGGGUGGGAGAUUUUUUAUUUUCUUUCAAGUACCCAAGAAACCGACGUUUCGUCUGGUUUAAGUUAAUCCAAAAUAUAUGAUUUUUGUUGUAAUAUUUUAUUGCUUUAACUCGAUUCCAUAAUAUUGAUCUAACAAAUCGAACUCGUCCUCGUUUAUCUCCACUAAUUUCAUCUUAGAGAUAAAUUAAUCGGCCAAAAGUCAAUCUUUUGUUGACUGAGUGAGUGGGUGAGAGAGAGAGAGAGAGGAAUGGCUAUCUCCAACGCGCCGGAGGCCGAAACUCCGCUGCUACCAGACGGCGUCGUUUCAGGCUCAGUCGACUACAAGCGCCGCCCCUCCGUCCGAUCGAGAUCCGGCUGCUGGAAAUCCGCCUCAUUCAUCAUCGGGGUUGAGGUGGCGGAGAGAUUUGCUUACUACGGCAUAAGCUCGAACCUGAUAAGCUAUUUCACGGGCCCGUUGGGUCAGUCCACGGCGGCGGCGGCGGCGAAUGUCAACGCCUGGAGCGGGAUGGCGACGCUCUUGCCGCUCGCCGGCGCUUUCGUCGCCGAUUCUGUUUUGGGCCGGUACCGGACCAUUAUCGCCGCCUCACUGCUUUACGUCUUGCAAGCACACACACAUUUGCAGGGUCUUGGCUUAUUGUCUCUAUCAGCUGCCUUUCAUACAUUCAACUCUUCCAACUGCAAAAACGAUGCAAAUAACAACAAUAUGUCAUGUUCGCCACCUUCACUCGAAGUCAUAAUCUUCUUUCUAUCUUUAUACUUGAUAGCACUUGCGCAGAGUGGCCACAAGCCCUGCGUGCAAGCUUUCGGGGCCGAUCAAUUUGACGAGGACGAUGUGAAUGAGCUCAAAUCAAAGAGCUCGUUUUUCAACUGGUGGUAUUUCUCGAUGAAUGGGGGAAUUUUAGUAGCCAUUUUGGUUCUGAGCUAUGUUCAAGAUAACCUAAGUUGGGAGCUAGGCUUCGGAAUCCCUUGCAUUGCCAUGUGUUUUGCACUAUGCAUUUUCUUGUUGGGUACCCCGACCUACCGAUUUCGGGUAAACAGCACUGGAAAGAAUCCGUUUGUGAGGAUCGGUUGGGUUUUCGUAAAAGCGGCUAGAAAUCGAAGGUUCGAACCGGAAAUAAAAUCUAUCGAGGAGGAAGCUCGUGAGAGCACUAAAUUUAAGUUUCUUGAUAAAGCAAUUCUUUUACCUAACACUCCAGACGAACAAGAGCACACCGUAACCUUAGCCGAUAUCGAUGAUGCGAAAACAAUUCUUCAACUUGUCCCGAUAUGGUCGGCUUGUUUGGGAUUUGCCGUCAUCUUUUCACAAGUCUCGACUCUCUUCACCAAACAAGGCGCCACAAUGGACCGCCACAUCAUCACCGGAACAACUUUCCAAAUCCCAGCCGCCUCACUCCAAUCUCUCAUCUCCAUAUCCAUCAUGCUCUUCGUACCAAUCUACGACCGCAUUUUGGUCCCAACCGCACAAUCCCUGACCAAAAACCCCUCGGGCAUAACCAUGCUCCAACGGAUAGGCACAGGGGUAUUCUUGUCUUUUACCACCAUGGUCACCGCAGCUCUCGUCGAGCACAAACGCCUCACGACAGCUGUCGAGCACGGGUUGGUCGACAAGCCCGAGUCAACGGUGCCGAUGAGCGUGUUGUGGUUGGCCCCACAAUACUUACUGUUUGGCCUUGCCGAGGUUUUUACCAUGGUUGGCCUUCAGGAGUUUUUUUACGAUCAGGUGCCCGUUGAUCUGAAAAGCAUCGGGCUCUCGUUGUACCUUAGUAUAUUCGGGACGGGAGGGUUUUUGAGUAGCUUCUUGAUAUCGGUUAUCGAGAAGGUGACAGGUGGCCAUGGGGACUUCGGAUGGUUCGCGAACAACCUGAAUCGAGGGCAUCUCGAUUAUUUUUAUUGGCUGUUGUCGGGUCUAAGCGCGUUAACAAUGGUGGGUUUUGUCUAUUUUUCGAGAUGUUAUGUGUAUAGAAGGAAAAGAUGUUCGGCCUUGUUUGUUUAAUGGCUUUUUGCCAUAAUUCAGCGUUUUGUAGCUUUAGCUUAUUUGACUUUUUUUUAUUCAACAAAAAAUCAUGUUUGAUAAUUAGCUUUUUCAAUCAGCUUUUUGGUACUAUCCG